AUGCGAACGCCUCACCUCUGGCGACCUCAAACGACUAGCCGCCCGUUCUCAUUGGAGCGCAUCUUUGUCAUCAACCUGGACCGCCGCCCUGAUCGGUGGGUAGCAAUACAAGCAGUGUGUGCUCGCGCCGGUCUCCCAGUAGAGCGAACGGAGCGUGUUCCUGCUAUAGAAGGCUCACUCGUCGAUGUGAACGUUGCGUAUCGCUGCGGGUUGGUCUCUGCGUUGGGUCUGCGGCGACUGAAGGAGCCCUCGGAGCAUCACGUAUGGGGCAUGGACCUGAACAAGGCGGCUCUCGGGUGUGCGCUGAGUCACAUACAUCUCUGGGCACGCAUCGCGGCCCUGGGUAAGGUGAGCAACGUGUCCGCUGAGGCGUCUGCGGUGGUACUGCCCAAGCAGUGCUUUCUGGUGCUGGAAGAUGACUCGACACUAGCGGAUGCCAAAGGGAGUGACAGCGAGUCACCCGCCGCAUCGCCCUCACCUCCGUUUCUCGACCAGCUUCAGCGCCGUAUGAGCAGCGUGCCGCCAGACUGGGAGCUUGUGUACGUGAGUGGCCUCGACACAGCAAGACAGUGCCCCCACAUGCAGGUAGCAGAGGGUGUGGCACAUGUCCCACAGUACCAUCGCACGACGAACGCGUACCUGGUCACUCCUCAAGGUGCACGUAGGCUGCUCGCCACCUGUGUGCCCCUCACAUUCCAGCUGGACACUGUAAUGACAAUGAAUGUGGGCUACCCUCCCGGCAUGGUUGGUGUGGCAGGUGUGAAGACGCUGCCUUACGUACUCGACCCGGUCUGCUACACUCUCCAACCGCCACUCAUGCGGCAGUCUGCUCAGCUUGGCACCGACAUCCAGCACUGA